AUGACCAACCCGACAUGGCAAGACAAGUGUGCUGCCAAACAGGCCGAGGCAGCUGCCAAAAUCCCCGUUGAAUGGCGACUCUCCGCAGAGAUUAUCCAAAAAGUCAAUAACAACAAGCUGAAAAUUCUUGAUGCUCCCGUAAAGUGCGGCAUCCUUACUCAAGAAGAGCUUGCGAUAACUGAGAUUGCCGAUGCAACCAUCCUACGAGAUAAGCUCGCCGCACGACAGCUCAGUGCCAUCAAUGUGGCCACUGCCUUCUGUAAGCGUGCCGCCAUUGCGCAACAGGUGACCUCCUGCUUGACGGAGACUAUGUUCUCACAGGCUCUCAUCAGAGCGAAAGAGCUGGACGAGCAUAUGGAGACAACCGGAAAGCCUAUCGGACCGCUUCACGGUGUUCCGAUUAGUCUAAAGGAGACAUUCAACAUCAAGGGUGUGCACACUUGUAUUGGGUUUACUUCUUUUCUGGAUCGAGAGCCCGUCACCCAUAACUCUGUUUUGGUGGAUAUCCUUCUGGAAGCAGGCGCGGUGCUUUACGUGAAGACCAACGUUCCUCAAACAAUGAUGACAGCAGAUUCACACAACAAUGUUUUUGGGCGAGUCAAGAACCCAUAUCGAAGUACCCUCACAGCUGGUGGCAGCAGUGGGGGCGAAGGAGCCCUGGUGGCCAUGCGUGGUUCCAUCCUGGGAAUUGGUACUGAUAUUGCUGGAUCGGUUCGAAUUCCAGCAUUGUGCUGUGGUACCGUCGGCUUCAAGCCCAGCGUUGGCCGCGUACCGUAUGCUGGACAAACGAGCUCUGGCAGACCAGGAAUGUCUGGAAUCGCCCCAAGCGCGGGACCACUGUGCCACUCUAUGCGUGACGCAGAGAUGCUUCUCAGACUGGUCUUCAAUGCAGCGUCUGAUGAUAACGACGACAUGGCUCUAGCCUUUCCUUGGAUGGAGCCCACCCAGGCAGCUCCCAAGCAGCUCAUAAUCGGAGUCAUGCCGGAAGAUCCCAAAACCCCAUUGCACCCCAACAUGCAGCGCACUCUUCGGGACGCCAUUGAGAAGCUUGAAAAUGCGGGUCACCACAUUGUAGAUCUAUCCAAGCAAAUGGAUUUCUUGGGAGCUGCAGCGGACCUGGCAUUCAAGUUCUUCCGCAUUGACCCAGAUCAGACAGCGUUGCAGAAUAUCCGCAAGUCUGGCGAGCCGGCGAUCCCAUCUCUUCGAUUCACAUAUCACGUCGACGGGACACCAGAAGAGCCUACUCUGCGAGAACUGUUUGAUUUGAACGUUGGACGGGCAGAGAUCAUGGCUAAGAUGCGCCAAGUGUUCCUCGACAAUCACCUACAUUUGAUCAUCGGACCUGGAUAUCAAAGCACAGCCGUUCCUCACGACACCUUCGGUGUUCCCGUUUACACGGUUAUUGCUAACUUGGUCGAUUAUCCCGCAUGCGUUAUUCCAUGUGGAUCCUCCCAGGAAACCGCUGAUGCCGAUUUCGUGCGCGACGUGACCUAUUAUCCUCCCUAUCUCCCCAAGGAAGUCGAAAAUGCCCCUUGCCAUGUACAGCUUAUCGGUCGUCGCCAGAAGGAUGAGGUGCUGCUCCAGCAUGCGCUGAUUGUGGAGGAGGUUUUGGCCAAGUGA